AGAACGAAAGCAACUAAAACAACGCGUUGCACAACUGGAAUAUGACUACUACAUCGAGCACGAACGAAUACAUGAUGUACGUACAAUUAUCGUUUGUAUUGACCUCACUAUAACCAUUGCAACACUUUUUUUUUCUAGAUGGAAAGUAUAUAUCUUGACAUGCAAACGCAACGCAUGCGAGUAUCCCCUCGUGCAAUUGAGCAUGGGUGGGUGGAAGAAAUGGAGGCAAAAAUGAAACAACAGCGUGCGCUCAUUACCAAGGUGAAGCUUGAGGUCAUCUUUGCGCUAGGUCUGGAAUUCAAACGGAAAGAGAAAGAGUUCAUCGAGUUCCAACAGCGCAUUAAUGCCAUAGAAGAAAAGCGCAGACGGUUUGAAAUCUGGCGAAACGAAGAAUAUCUAGACUUUUGGGAGGUAUGUGCAAUCUGAUUUGGCACAUGACAAAUGCCUUAGCUGCGCUUUUAUUCUGCACUACAGCGCGAAUGUCGUUUCCACUACCAAGUAAAGAUUAUGCAGAAACGUCAGAAAAUUGCCGAAACUCGGCGAAGCUGGCAGGUCCAGUUAUACAGAACUAAUGGCAAGCGCGACCAUCGUUGGAGGGGUUCACACUGGUCUCCAGAUGUAAUUGAAGUUUCCAAAGAGAAAGAAGGUUUUUGCAUCGGCUCGACCGAUAUUCUGGCGCUCGUGCACGAUAAAUGGCGGCUUCGAAUGCAGGAAGUCGAUGAAAGUGGGCCAGUACGCGAUGACAAAGAACAGAUAUGCGAUACGAGAGGGCAUAUCGAUGAUCUAUCGGACCAGGUGGCCCACACAGCAGCCACAGCCCAAACCGAGCAAACGAAGGCGAUAUUCAAACCAGUGUUUCGAGAUGUGGAGCUCUCAUUUGAUAAAAUUCAAAAACUACAACGAGAACAUGACAAGCCUCUGGUACAAGCAAGGCAAGAAAGAAACACUCGAGGUUCUACUGAUAAUGCCAGAACUGGAGAGAAUCAAACAGCCAAAGGUCUCGUUAAACGUGCUAAAGAUCCGAUGCGUUCUUUAGACCGACAGCAGCGGAAACGACAACUCGUGUUGGCGGCUAAGGUCCCGUGGCACCUCCAUGACCAGUUAGAGGCAGAGCGCCGCAAUCUAGCAAACGAGAAAGCUAUGUUCAAACUAUGA